AUGGAAUCUAUUGAAGAUAAAAAAACAAAAGUAAUACAUAUUAAUGAUGUAGAGUUACAAAAACAAUUUUCAAAUUUAGCAUCUUUACGAGAUUUUGAUUUAAAUAAUAGUGUAACAUGUAAAAAAAAUUCAGAUAUUUCAGAUGCUACCACCAAUCAAACACUACCACAACCAUUUGUUAUGUGUGAAUCAGAAUGGUCGGAGAAGGUUUAUUUUUAUGUUGGUUAUAAACAAUCAGAAAAUACUUCAGUUUCAUACCGUUUUAACAUUGUAGCAAAGCCAGUUGCAUGCUAUUUAAGAUAUCUUUAUGACCAAAGAGUAUCCGGAUUUGAUGUUGACACUUCAUUAACACAAAUGAAAGGUUCGUCCUUCAUAAAAGCUUAUUCUCUUGAAUCCCAACAAGGUCUGGUAGAAGGUAUUGCAAAAUGUGAAGAGACAUUAGAAUUAACCACUGGUUAUGACUAUAAACAAAUUAAUGAUGAAGAGCUUACUCAUGUAACUCAAAAAUUAUCAAAUAAUUAUUACUAUGUUUACCAAAACUAUAUGAUUUAUGCAUUCGAAUUAUUGGAAUACGAUUAUUAUAGAAGAUAUAAAUGGCUCUUUGAUUCAAAUGGUGUUGUUGUUUAUGAUAAUGGAUCACGUGCCUUCAUGUUAUUACCAGUUUUAAGAAGUGAUUCAUUUGCUUCUAGAUAUGAUUCAUCAGGUUAUUCAACAAUUUCAUUUAAUGAUGCUGUAAAUUAUUUAAUGAAAGAUGGUGCCAAAAGAUGGCAAUAA